AUGCGAGAGAAGUUCUUUGUGUAUCAAAGCGCAUUAGUUUUGCAAGAAGCUCCCUCAUUUGUUGGUGCGGAGCAUCGUGUGCAAUCCAUGAAUAUGUACUGCGCUGGAAUCUUGUUUAACACGGCCAUUCUGCAUCACCAAAAGUCGAUCAAGACUGGAAUAUCGGCAUCCAUGCAUCGAGCAGAGCAGCUUUAUCAAACAAGCCUUCAGAUCAUUGUGGGGCUUCCACGGUCCAACGAUACGGUGACCCUCAUUGCACUUGCAGCCACAAACAACUUGGCUCAGAUCGAGUUUGAGAAUGGACUGGUGGUUCAAGCGAGUGAAAGACUACGAUUCCUAGUACAUCUAUUGUGCUCAUUGGAAAAUACGGCUGGACGAGUCUUCGCGGUUGACGAGUUCUACGGCGUGCUAUCUAACACACUGUUGGCAAACGGCGUGUCUUUGUCACCAGCUGCCUAA